AUGUCAGCUAUUAUCCAACGUCAAAUCAGCGAUCAAACUGCCUUAGCUAACAACAUCUCAUUCUGUUUAUUCUUUGUUUUAGUUCGACCAAAGCCCUUGUUCGUCAAUCCGCAUAAGCCCUGUCCCAAUUCUCCAGGAUUGUUCCGAUUUCAUUUUCAGGCUCGCUUAAACUUGUUCAAGCCUCUCCUCAAUUGGGAAACGGAACCUAUCAUCGCUGGAUUAGGAGCUCUGCUCACAACCUAUCUGUUCCUUCAUACACACUCAACUUCUGGAUUAAACGAUCUCGUCCUUGUCCGACCACUUAUUUAUCAAACCCUCAACUUCAUUUCAGCCAAGGGACAUAUCUCGCCAUUCCAAGGCACCUUCUUCAUCUUCUCCUCUUCAUAUUCGGAAGUCCCAGCCAUGGUCAGAAAGAAACAAAAGACCGCGCAUGGCCCUGCCAAGCCACCUGAAGGGGGUGCCAGGGGCUCCUCGUAUAAUGACACCAAUGCACUACUUGAAAUGAUGUGCAAAAGGCUAAUGAAGCAGAGGGCUGUUGCCCAGGUUGUGUCUGUUGAUUUUGACCUCUUGGCUGUUUUCCUAAUGCAGGAGUUCCAAGAGAUGGACAUCCAAGUGAUAGUGGAGGAGGUCCUACGGGUCUUUUCCCAACAUGCGCCGCAAACAAUGCUCCAAAAUCAGGUUUUCGAUGCUGCCAAAGAGGUUGAUCAAACCAUACGUUGUGGAACUGCUCAGCUAAUGAGUGAAGAGCUUGGAGGGGAUAAAUAUUAA